AGCACCGGCAGUCCCGGCGGCCUUGGUGGAGGGGACCUUUCGCUAUCUCCGUCCCUCGCUACACGCCGGGGCAGGCGCGGCGGCCGUCCCGGAAGAGGCAACAGAAAAACGUUGGAGCCAGACCCCUGAGAGAGGGCAGGGGGGCUCGAAGAGUUGGUGGUCGUGAGGCAGAUACUCAGGCGUGGAGGACACUGUCGCUGUUGUCCCCAAUCCUGGUCCCAGCGAUGGGGGUGCAUCGGGAGCCGGGGGAACUUUAAAGGCAGAGGGUCCGGGGGUGUGAGAGCUAUAAGCUCCUGGGGACUCAGGAGUCACGGCCCCAACGUCAGUGACGGAAGCGUCUCCGAACCCGCCGGGGCCUCAGCGCCGCCAGAGAGGAAGUUCUUUGCAACUUCGUCUGAGACGUCGGAGAGCCGAGCGGAGCGAGGCUGGGGCUGCAACUCCAAGCCCCAGAGACUCAGAGAAGCAGAGAAAGAAUCCGGUGGAGACCGAGGGGUCGAGAGAGACUCCAGAGGCAGCGAGGCCGUGGAACCAGCCUGGCAGCCCGCGGGCCUCGCUGCCCCUUGAGUGAAACCAAGGGCCGUGUGUCCCGCAGGCCUCCUCGAAGCCGCUCCUACCAGAGGCCGGGGGCUCCUUGCCGUCCCGGAGACGGGCCCCUACGAUAUGCCCCCAAAGCUGCCGGUUCCUUGGCCGCAUCUACUCUGGCCCGGCUCCGCAGCCGCUGCCUGAGACGGCCCAGGAGGGAAGCCACCAGGAGUUGGGCGCCCCACACCCAGCCGGACUGCACUAGCGCCGUUUCCCGCCUCUAGGCGCAGCUCUCGGCUAUCUCCAGCGGAGCAGCUCUGAGAGAGGCCCCGGAGCUCCAGCAGCGUUUUCUGAGCUCAGGUCGCACAGUACCCGGCCUGGCGGCGUGGCUCCCUAGCCGCGCUGGGCAGCCCCUUGGCGCCGGGAGGCGGCGGCGUCGGCCGGCCUGCAGUCUGGAGCGCCCCGAUGGAAAUACACUGUAAGCACGACCCGUUUGCAUCCAUGCAUAGACAUGGAGGAGUGAAUCAGCUUGGGGGGGUUUUUGUGAAUGGACGGCCACUCCCGGAUGUAGUCCGCCAAAGGAUAGUGGAACUCGCUCAUCAAGGUGUCAGGCCCUGUGACAUCUCAAGGCAGCUUCGAGUCAGCCAUGGUUGUGUCAGCAAAAUUCUCGGCAGGUAUUAUGAGACGGGGAGCAUCAAGCCUGGAGUAAUUGGAGGAUCCAAACCAAAGGUCGCCACGCCCAAAGUGGUGGAAAAAAUCGCUGAGUAUAAACGCCAAAAUCCCACCAUGUUUGCCUGGGAGAUCAGGGACCGGCUGCUGGCGGAACGAGUGUGUGACAAUGACACGGUGCCCAGCGUCAGUUCCAUCAACAGGAUCAUCCGGACGAAAGUACAACAACCACCCAACCAGCCAGUCCCAGCUUCCAGUCACAGCAUAGUGUCCACGGGCUCCGUGACGCAGGUGUCGUCGGUGAGCACGGACUCGGCCGGCUCCUCGUACUCCAUCAGCGGCAUCCUGGGCAUCACGUCCCCCAGCGCCGACACCAACAAGCGCAAGAGGGAUGAAGGUAUUCAGGAAUCUCCAGUGCCCAACGGUCACUCGCUGCCGGGCAGAGAUUUCCUCCGGAAGCAGAUGCGGGGAGACCUGUUCACGCAGCAGCAGCUGGAGGUGCUGGACCGCGUGUUUGAGAGGCAGCACUACUCGGACAUCUUCACCACCACGGAGCCCAUCAAGCCCGAGCAGACCACUGAGUAUUCAGCGAUGGCCUCGCUGGCUGGAGGGCUGGAUGACAUGAAGGCCAACCUGACCAGUCCCACCCCUGCCGACAUCGGGAGCAGCGUGCCUGGGCCACAGUCCUACCCCAUUGUGACAGGCCGUGACUUGGCGAGCACGACCCUCCCCGGGUACCCUCCGCACGUCCCCCCCGCCGGACAGGGCAGCUACUCAGCACCGACGCUGACAGGGAUGGUGCCUGGGAGUGAGUUUUCCGGGAGCCCCUACAGCCACCCUCAGUAUCCCUCGUACAACGACUCCUGGAGGUUCCCCAACCCGGGGCUGCUCGGCUCCCCGUACUAUUACAGCGCUGCGGCCCGAGGAGCUGCCCCACCUGCGGCCGCCACUGCCUACGACCGUCACUGACCCUCGGAGCCAGGCGGGCGCCAAGCACUUAUAAUACAUAUCACUGAGGGCGAUAGCCUCUCAGCCCCUCCGAAGACAGCCAGAGGGGCCCAGUGAGACCAUCCCCCAGCAAUCCCCUCUCGCCUGAAACUCCCUCCCAACCUUCUCCUGCCAGGGAGCUGGGGUUCUAUGGUAAGGCCAUUGGACUUCUAGACACACGUCCAUUUCUAAGAGUCAAUCAGUGAGCUUCUCCCAACAGCAACCAGGUCUCUGCAAAGCCACAGACUAUUCUGCAGACAACUGUAGCCCUAGCCUAGCCUGCCAGUCCCCAGCUGACUGACCAUCCACCUGUCUUCCUGCCCCAGGCCUGGGAAGGAGAGCUUGCUUUUGUCACUUCAACAGCACCCGUGUAAAUACCUUCUUGCUUUUUUGUGGGCCUGAGGGUCCAACUGAGCAGAUUGCCCAUCCAUUAUGCAUCCAGUACUUCUGAUGUGUCACAGGACGUCUUAGACCUGUGUGCAGAGCAUCCCCUCUGUCCUGGCUGUCCCGUACAGGUGGGCUCGGAGUUGUCCUUGAGACUAAGGAUGCCCACCUCCGGGCACAGCCUACUGCUCAUUGCUACUUCUUUAAUGUCUGGACUAAGAGGCUCAUCGGGCUGGUUAUGCUUCAAGCUUCCCCCCUGAGAUCCCUCCUCGGGAGAAACACACUGGAGAGAUGCCCUGACUUCCUGAUUCCGUAUUUUUGGCCCUAGUGCUGUGUGAGCAGCUCUUUUCCAUAUCAAAGGACUCAAAGAGAACAAAGAACUGUCUGGGAGAUUGAUUCCUCAGCUACAAAGUCUAAAGAUACUGUCCAAGGUGCUGACUGCAUUGUGGACUUGGAAUCCUGGGGCUGGACAGGACCCAGAAGACCAUAGUCCAAGGCAGGGACUCCCAAGCCCCUGGAAUCACUGAACUGAACUGGGAUGUAUUUUCUGAGGCAUGCCCAGGCUCAAAUCACAUUGGACACCCACCGUGGACCUUUCUCCCACCCUCCAGGAUGCCAGAAAGUGGAUUCCGGGCAAGCCUGUCCCUGGCAUGUAGACAAUAAUUAACAAAAAAGACAUUAUUGCACUGAGGACCACAAACACCUACAGCAGUCAGCCAGAGCUUCCCAAUUAGCCCCUCCCUGUCCCCACUGAGCCUAGUAUGCAGCUAGGAAUAGAGGUGCUGGGGUAGGAGCAGAUGCCUAACUUUGCACAGUGGGUAUAUACCUAUUGAUGCAAGGGGUGGUGAUGGUCAGGGCCAUGGCCAAGGACCCUGGGAGCUUGGAGACCUCAGUGGAUGCUGGAGUGGUCAGAAAAAAAAAUUGGGAAGAUGUGGGGGACAGAGGAAGGCCUUUCAGGAGGGGAUCAAGAUAAGUAGUAAGGAAAUGCUGUGUGAACUGGGAGUGGUUUUGAAAUAGGAGUGCCAGGGGCCACCAUCCCUUUGCCUGGAGCCUCAAUUCCUUCAGUAGUCUUUCUUGCCAAGUCAGAACAACAAGAUGAAGGCCCUGUCCCGAUCUAGGCUUAAUUACAUAGAUGAAAAUAGACUUUGCCAUCUCGUGUGACAGGGUCUCUGAUGUUUGCAUGUCACCAAGUUGGCAAAGAGCUGGGGCAGUGCAGAGCCUGGGGUUACUGGGCCUGGGAGGUCUUGUCCUGGCCACACCACUUCUUUGCUGUGUGACCUCGGACUAGACCUUCCUCUUUGAGCCUCGGCUGACUUGGUACAGCUGGGUCACCUACAAGGCCAUCCUCCAGUUAUCUCCUUGCCUUCCUCUUUCCCAGGGUGCUGGGGCUGUAGCUGGGCCAUCCGGGGGCAGGUCUUCUACUUCUGAGCAAGCAUAGGGGGUGGGCAUCUAUGUCCUACUAAUAUUUGGACCAAAUGGGAAAUAAGAACAUGCAGAGGGAUGGGAAUCUGCCUUGAAAAGAUCUAGUCCAGCUCCCCCCAGGGGAAACUGAGGCCCAGUUUGGGGAAGCCUAGAACAAUGCAGGGAAAUAGAACAGAUCCUUGGCUACCGCGUGUUUACUCCCCAACAUCCUACAAGGUGGUGGGAGAGAAGAGGAAACUGGGGCUCAACAAGGUGGAGUCCCCAGGCAGUGACUGGCAGAGGUGGGGCUAAGAUUCAGCCUCCUGACCCCUGGCACAAGGUGAUCCCUCCAUCCCUGGAGAGGGAAGUUGACAGCAAGGGCAGUGGGAAAUCGUUCUGGGCCCACUGCCACAGAUGGAAAGUCCUGAGCUAUUAGUGACAAGGAGGCCCAACCACCCAGGGCAGAGGUGGAGCCAGGGCGCUCCCUGCAGGCACACCCACCACCUUGGAACCUGCUGGGCAAAGAAGGGAGGUAGCUGUGUUCCUCCAGGAACAGGAUGAACUAGCUCCAGCCUCCACCUGCCAGGCAAGGUAGGAGAAGAUACGAUAGCUGGCCUCUCCUUUCCUCCUUCCCUCCUUCCCUCCUGCAGGAAGGGGUGGGCCCAGGGGUCUUCAGAUCAGGCCUUUGGCCUUUUGUACCAACACCUUUGGUCCACAUCCCCCCUUGUGGUCUCGAGCUAUUGGGAAGUUGGCCUUCCCUGAACCAACUGCUUAAAGCAAACACUGUCCUUCCUCAUCAAAGCCCAGCUGGUCCCCUUCUGUUCCUUCUCGUGCCCUGUGAUGAGCUCCAUCCAUGCCUUUCCUAUCUCCCCUGAGGCUCUGCUGGUCUUCGGAUUGCAUUUGUAUUUAUAAGACAACCCCUUGAUUCCUGGGCUGCCGGGCAGAAGCACAAGAGCACAAGGAUGUACAUGCACGUUCUCACACAAGUACCUGCUCUCCCCAGCCCACACGCUGCCUGGUGGAACUGCCUGGGAGCUUAGAGAGAAAGGUUCCAAAGGACACAAGCUGUUGAGUAAAUGCCAGAAAAUUCUGAAUGGAAAACAAGGCCAGGGCUUUCACCAGCACUGUGGCUGGAGGAUUGGGGUACUCCUCCACAGGUCUUCAGCCCUAUGUUCCGGCUCUGACUUUCAGAAAGGACCCUGUGGAUUUUAUUAAAAAAAAAAAAAAAGUUUCAUACCAUUAGUCUAGCUCCAGCCUUGGAAAAUCUGAGGACAUAUCAAAUCCAGCCUCCCUUUCCCAAGGCGCCUUAGUUAGGGUUAGCCCUUUCAUAACUCACAUUUGUAUGGUGCUUUGCAAUCCUUGACCAUUCCCUGGGGCAAAGAUCACAAUACGCACUCUAGAGAUGGGAAAACUGAGAUUUGGGGCUUCCAUGGCAAGACAGAAGUGAGGUGAAUUCUCAGAUCUCUGGGCCUCAUUCUCUCUCCACAGAAAGUGUGCUCUUGUCAUGGGAGCAUAUGGCUUAGACAUACCUUUCAAUCCCUAGAAACCCCCUAUACCCACAAUGAGAAAAGAAAGAACAGAGACCUAGAGGCUGGCCUGACCAAAUGGCCUAAGGCUUGGUGGCUUUGCUGGUCUACUGUGGUUUCCAUUUAACACCAAACCUGCAAAGUCUUUGCCCAGAUUCCUUCACUACAGUGCUCCUGAGGUUUCAUUCACAUUUCUUCCCUGCUGGGUCCUGAGACUCUGAGGGGAUCAGACCACAUCCAAGACCACACCAUUGGCCCUGGCGGGGCCUGCACAUGGGCCUGCCUCUGAUUCCCAGGGUCUAAGGUUCCAGGGGU